AUGGCAUCACCCCAAAUGCAGCAGAUGAUGGAGCAAAGCAGGCAGAUGAUGAGCGACCCACGGAUGCAAGCAAUGCUUCAGCAGCAAAUGAGCGAUCCCAGAACGCAACAGAUGAUGCAGCAGAUGAUGGCUAGCAAUCCGGCGCUAGCGGGUCAAGUGGGUCAAGGCCCUGGAGGCUACAUGUGUCCGGCACCCGUGCAGGUCGGCCAAGCAGAGCCUGGGGUAGUGGAGGCCGCGGUGGUCCAGGCCGCAGUGGUGGCCCCGAGCUCACCAAGCGGUGCCAACUUCUGCACCAAGUGCGGCCACCCAGCCGCAAGUGGCGCCAACUUCUGCGGCAACUGCGGCGCCCAGCUUGCUGCAGCCUGA